GUGUGUGUGUGUGUGUGUGUGUGUGUGUGUGUGUGUAAUUUUAUUUUUUUUCUCCUGUCCUCUUGUUGAGUCUUUUCAGUCGUGUCUUCAGUCUCCCAGACGAGGUUGUGUUGCGUGUUCGGCACUGGACUUUAAGACCCUCACGAGGUUCUAAGCCGGUUCUCCUGUGUGUUUCAGGGGUCCUCAGGAUACCUGUUUUGAAGGAGGCGUGUUUCCAGCCCUCCUCAGCUUCCCGUCUGAUUAUCCUCUCAGUCCUCCCAAGAUGAGGUUCACCUGCGACAUGUUCCACCCCAACAUCUAUCCAGAUGGUCGGGUGUGUAUCUCCAUCCUUCACGCUCCAGGUGACGAUCCGAUGGGCUACGAGAGCAGUGCAGAGAGGUGGAGUCCAGUCCAGAGUGUGGAGAAGAUCCUGCUGUCUGUAGUCAGCAUGUUGGCAGAGCCUAAUGAUGAGAGUGGAGCUAACGUGGAUGCGUCUAAGAUGUGGCGUGAGGACAGAGAUCAGUUCUAUAAACUUGCUCAGAAGAUCGUCCGGAGGUCUUUGAGUCUUUAGAGAACGAACACAUCACAAACAUGGAAACCAACCAAUCAAUCACACAGAGCGCUGCUGAGACGGACGGCUCAAUAAUCAAUACACCGACGGACGGACUUCACUCAUGUUUGGAUCAAUACAGAAUCCAAACAUUACGCAACUUCAAAUUUACUAAAAGUUGACAGAAGAAGAAAACCGGUCGACAGUCAUGUGAUCAUUCUCACAGUGACAUCAUCAGACCUGUGUGGACCGACAGCAGCAGCUCCUUUACUGUUAUCAUUAUUAAUAUCAUCAAUAUUAAUGUUUGAUGCAUGCAGGUCACAAGCAAACACUGAUGACAACCAGGACAUAAAGCGAUACAAUAUAUUAUAUUAUAUUUAGCACUAAUCAAUAACAAUAGAAUAUAUAAAAUAGACCAGUAAAGAUUAAAAAGCUGACAACUUUCCUGAAGAUUAAAAAAGUGUAGAAAUGGGUUUCAGAACAAUAACAUAAAAGUCUGAAGGUGUCUUUAUUUUGAAAGUCCUGUAGGGCAGGAAGUCAGUGAAGUGAAUGAUAACCCUUUCAAAAUUAAGGUUCAUGUGAAUGAGUGAUGUUCAGCAGAAAACAUGUUUUCAUAUCAGGAAGUACAAUGAUUUCAGAAUAAAGUCAUCUACAGAAACAAUGCACCAAUCAGAGGGUUUGAAUGAACCUUUAAUGUGAAAAGCAACUAAAUCAGCAUGUAAUCGGAUACUUCUUCUUCCGCACAGUACUUUGAGUAGAUAAACACUUUUGUUUUUCAUUAAACUACAACUUAAGGAUCAAGUGAAGAGAUGAAUCGAUGGUUUCCUGCUGUUGUCGGUCUGAUGAGCCUCAGCUGGUUUUAUUGUGGUGAGGUGAUGAUGAUGAAGAUCAGGAGCUCCUUCAGCUUCUCUCAGUUGGACUUUAUGCACUUUAUCUGAAGGACGAUUGUCGGGUUCAGAGGUUUUUAAAAAGUGUCGCUGGAUGUUUUUCCGUCUGGUUUUAAAGUUUCAGACGACAGCAAAGUUUCUUUUAAUUUGUCUUUUAUUCUGAAAGAAUAAACAGGAAAUAAAAGUC